AUGACGAGAGUCCCAAGAAGCCGUUUCCUACCGGUCAAGCUUACGUCCGACUUGCUGUUGCUUAUGUCAAAUCUUUACGAAAUACAAGACGGUUCUUUAACUGUCUCUAGCAAGCGCAAUUUUCCAACCCAGCCUCUGGUCAAGAUGAGCCAAGAAUUUAAGGCAAUACGGGACUUUCAAGAACGCUUCAACGCGAUCCCGGACCUCCUUGAGCUUGACCAUUUGACGGUCGCGGGAGAUGUUCGCUUUGGUCGAGACAUUGUAUUGAAGAGUUCUGCUAAAAUCAUCUCGGCAUGGCCAUUAUAG